AUGCUACUGCUCUGCUAUCUUUCGUUUACCACAUUCGCCUCCGACUCCCACGGCCAAGCGACCUCUUCCUUCCUGUUUCCUACGUCCGCCGUCAUCUCCCUGACCGACGACAACAGCACGUUUUUUAUCUCGCGACCCGCCGCGUUCGGCCCCACGCUGCCAAAAAGCGGCUUGGACGGAGAGCUCUUUGUGCUCGAGGAGGGUCAGUUGGCCUGUGACGACGCUCCCGGCUGGGAUCCGUCAACCGCGCUAGACCUCUCCGGCAUGCCGUUGGUUCCGGAAGGCGCCGGAGAGGACGAUGGCACCGACAACAAUCUGAAUCCGCGUCUGCCGAAUACUGCCAUCAAGACGUUGAGCGGACAUGCCGACAUCCAAUCGCUGCAGCAGAGUGCUGAGAUCGAGGGGAAGAUCGUACUAGUGCAGCGUGGAGGCUGCGGAUUCUUGGAAAAGGUGCUGUGGACUCAGCGUAGAGGAGGUAUCGCAUUGAUAGUCGGAGACUACAAAAGACCCGGUAUCGGUGGUGGCGGUGGCAGCGGCGUUCUGGUGACGAUGUACGCUAAGGGCGAUACAAGCAAUGUCUCGAUCCCGUCCGUGUUUACCUCGCACACCACCGCUGCGCUUCUCACGACGCUGCUUCCUCAGUUCCCUCGCCAUCAAGCAGCGGUAAGCCCGUUCCAACCGCAGUCGCUCGCACCGAAACCGUCGCCUACAACGGGCUUCAGCAAUGCUCCUCCACUAUCUAUUCCUCAAGAUCCCGCUGGCGACCGGCCUCAGCUCGUCGGCGCACGGAUACCCGAGAGAUUGGUCGGGCAGCCCCAACCGAUCAUCACUACGACUACCACCGUCACCACUGUCAAGCCUACCGCCACAGCGGCGGCGAUGCGACCCGGAGUGAAAUCCCACGUCAAGAAGCCUUUACUCCCGGCAGCCCAGCGUUCCGGUCUGUGGAUAACUUUGACGCCGACCACUAUGACGUCAUCACCAUUCUUCGACACACUGCUGGUCCUAGUGGUGUCUCCAUUGGUUACAUUGACUGUUGUAUACACGUUACUACUGAUCCGCUCACGCAUCCGGAGACGGCGUUGGAGAGCACCGAAGAGUCUCGUCGAGCGUCUGCCGGUCAGAACGUAUCAAUCGACCGCAACACCCCCGAUGAGCGCUACAUUUCCCUCUCGCUCAUCGUCCUUACCCGCCGCCCGUAGCGGCGACGAAAACGCCGCGACCACCCCACCCCGGAGGUCUCCAACACCACAGGCAUCUCAACGAAGCAAUACGGAUUUAGCUGCGCGGAACAUUGGCCGGGCGUUCCACCGUCGAUGGAGCGGCUGCAGUGAAUGCGUAGUAUGCCUGGAAGAGUAUGUGGACGGUGUCAGCCGAGUGAUGAAACUACCGUGCGGCCACGAGUUCCACGUAGGUUGCAUAACACCGUGGCUCACAACCCGCCGCCGAACGUGUCCCAUCUGUAAAGGAGACGUUGUCCGCGGCGUCCGUGCCAUAUCAGACCCCGAGACGGCCGGCGACGGCGCAGACGAGACUACACCGUUGGUCAUGGGCGUCGAGGAAUUUGAAGAUGUCGAGGAAGGCGUUAGUGACUGGACACCAAGGGACUUGGAACGGCGUGGAUAG